GAAAGCCUCCUCAGUACCCUCCCUAGAGAGAGAAAGAGAGAGAGAGAGAGAGAGAGAGAGGAGAGAGAGAGAGAGAGAGAGAGAGAGAGAGAGAGAGAGAGAGAGAGAGAGAGAGAGAGAGAGAGAGAGAGAGAGAGAGGAUCGACAAGGUUAUCCCAGUGCCACGACAGCAAUGCCUGGCAAGAGGCACACAGCUCAGGGUGGCACUACUAGUCCAACCUCUGAGGCAGGGGUCCG